CAGCCUCUCCGCUCAACAGCACUCCAACAUCGCGUCCUGGCUCAAACACCAACACCAUGUAGACGCCCACUCUUACCAGCCCAUCUACGAUUCAUGUCAUCCUCGCCGUCGUCGCCGUCGUCCACAAAGCAAACGUGGGUCGUGUACGCGCCAGACAAGACAGAGCCUGGUACACUGGAACGAAGACAGUCGGUGCGUUCGAAACAUUUGGAAAGGGUCGCGGAGUUUCAUGAUACGGGAUAUGUCAAACUGGGCGGUGCUAUGUUCAGUCCCGACUCUGUAACACCGGGCGCAACACAGAAGAAGAUGGUGGGCUCCGUCAUGUUCUUCCAGGCUGAUAGUAUUGAGGACGUGAAGAAGUCUGUGGAAAGUGAUAUUUAUUAUACUUCCGGUGUGUGGGACCCGGAGAAACUUGUUAUCCUGCCUUUCAACUCGGCCUUUCCGUGGCCAUGAAGGACUUUCAUGUUGCUCGAUGAUCAUGUCAUGGAAUUGUAUCGUGACCUCAGUGCACCCUCGCCACAGCAGACCUUCGGGCCACA